AUGAAGGCGGCAGUGAAAUCGAGACGACGGCGGUUCUUUUGUCGGCUCUCUGUGUGUGGAGUUACACUGAUCGCCGUCACCUUGUUUUCACAAAUACUUCAUGUAACAGUCUACCCCAGGGAUGACACUGAGCCCAUCUGGUCCAGGCGCAAACUCACUCAGCAAAGUGUAACAGGGGAGAACCAGACAACCAGCAGGCCAAGAGCAGCUAUCCAUGAGUUUCCUGAGGACGUCUUUAGUAAGGAACAGAGAAGACAUGGCGCGGUCCUGCUUCAUGUUCUAUGUGCGGUCUAUAUGUUCUACGCUCUCGCCAUUGUUUGUGAUGUCUACUUUGUGCCCUCUCUGGAGAAAAUUUCUGAGAAUUUACAUCUGAGCGAGGAUGUGGCCGGAGCUACCUUUAUGGCAGCAGGAAGCUCCGCCCCAGAGCUUUUCACCUCUUUGAUUGGUGUAUUCAUUACCAAAGGAGACUUGGGGGUAGGGACGAUUGUGGGCUCUGCUGUCUUUAAUAUCCUGGUUAUCAUUGGGGUAUGUGGCAUCUUUUCUGGACAGACUAUUCUUUUGACCUGGUGGCCUCUCUUCCGGGACUCUGUUUAUUACAUCCUCUCUGUGCUGGCCUUGAUUCUGAUAAUAUAUGAUGAGAAAGUCCUCUGGUGGGAGACUAUAAUCCUCAUAUCCAUGUAUGGCAUCUACAUCCUCAUCAUGAAGUUUAACAGUCAGAUCUGGGGCUGGGUGGAGUUGCACUGUGGGGGUCUCGGUCAGCCGUGCUUGGUGAGCAGCCUGCGCAGAGACGGAGCUGUGGGAGAGGCCAGCACACACUGCGACACAUCCAUGAUCCUGCUGAAGAAAGGUCAGUCUAUGGGUGAUCAGGAGUCUCCAGUAGUAAUGGUGGAUGAGAUGCUGAGUCUACACCCUCACCAGUUUUCGUUCUCUGAGGCAAGCCUUCGUGUCAUGAUUACGCAUCACUUCUCCCCUCGCACCCGCCUCAGCAUGGCCGGACGCAUGCUCAUCACUGAGAGGCAGAGACUUAUCCGGAACAGAAGCCCAGGGGACAGCAGCGGCAGUGGGGCAGGGGACACUCCGGUUCAGGAUGGUCCAGGUGCAGAGGCAGUUCCUUGGACUUUGGAGAAUGGAGGAGCCCUGGACAGUGAAAGGCAGCCUCUGGAGGACCCCAGGGAGAGGGCUGAAGCUGGAGGACUGGAGGGGGCAGCAGAUACAAAUGAUACGCAGCCCAAAGAAGAUGAGGAAGAGGAGGAAGAACAGGAACAACCAUUCAGACCCUUCGUCUUGCCAGAGGGGCGCUGUGAGCGUGUGAAAUGGCUGUUGUCUUGGCCUUUAGGCUUCCUGUUGUACUGCACUCUGCCAAACUGUACACUGCCCCAUUGGGAGCGAUGGUUCAUGGUUACAUUUGUGAUCUCCACCCUCUGGAUUGCUGUCUUUUCCUACCUCAUGGUCUGGAUGGUUACUAUCAUCAGUUUCACGCUGGACAUUCCUGAUGUGAUUAUGGGGAUCACGUUUUUAGCAGCGGGCACCAGUGUCCCUGACUGUAUGGCCAGUCUCAUAGUCGCCCGACAAGGUAUGGGUGAUAUGGCAGUUUCGAAUUCCAUUGGCAGUAAUAUCUUUGACAUCUUAUUGGGUCUUGGCUUCCCUUGGGCUUUGCGGACGCUGGUGGUGGAUUAUGGGUCGACUGUAUUUAUUAACAGUAAGGGGCUGGUGUAUUCUGUGAUUCUCCUGCUUGCCUCUGUCUUUCUUACUGUCUUAAGUGUGCAUCUGAAUCACUGGAGGCUGGACCGCAGAUUAGGUCUGGGUCUCAUGUUUCUCUAUGCCAUCUUUCUGCUCUGCUCCAUCUGCUUUGAGAAACUCUAA